AUGGAGAGCGCACUGCGACUGCUAGGCGUCCUAAGUGUUUUACUCACCUGGAGAUCAAGCGACUCCACCAGCUAUAAGUUGUCUAAUGUUGUUUGUGGCAGCUACAACCAGUCGUGGGUCAGGAUAAACGAGUGUCGCCUGAAGGCGAUCAGUCGUAAUAAAACCAUUUUCAACUUUAAUGCCACCUUUCUGCAUCCCACCAACGACAUUGUGAUGCAUAAUCGAAUGUUCAAAAGGGAAAGCGGAUAUAAGCCAUGGCUCAUCAACACCAAGGUCAAUAGUUGCCAGUUCAUGAUAAGGCCCUAUAAUCCCUUUGUCUUAUUCAUUUUCAAAUUGUACAAGGACUUCUCGAACAUAAAUCACACUUGUCCAUAUUACGGGGAUAUGAUUAUUAAAGGAAUGUACUUAACGCGUAAUAUAGAAGCCCUUCCGAUUCCCACCGGCGACUACAUGUUGGCCAUAGAUUGGCUCUUUUAUCGAAAACCCCAAUUUGCGACGAAUGUUAGUUUUCAAUUUGUGGAGAAUUUGAUAUGA